CAUGAAAAUCUAAUGUUUUUGCAAUUGCUGAUCACAUUAUGGUAUUGUUUGAUUUGUCAACGUGGAAAAAAUAGAGUCAAGAAGUUUUCUGUGAUAAUGUAGUUGUUUCAUGCUAUGCCAAACGAAUAUAUUGUGACAUUUACUUUUUUGAAAGAAAAAACAACACGCGGACAUACAUGUUCAAGAACAAAUUGACUCAAUUUCUGCUUCAUUUACUUAUAUUUAAUCUCUGUAGAACAGCAAUGACUGUGCUAUAUUUCAUCGUGGUAUUUUCAGUUUUUAGUCUUAUCUCCGGAUGUAAAGUGAAUACAGAUUGUUUACUGUCUACCGGACACGUUGGACAAUGUCAUCUGAAGAAAUGUAUUCGACAACUUGAGGACAUCACAAAUGAGUAUCUGAAAUUCACAAUCAGAGUGAAAUAUCCAGAGUCUGUUUUAAAGAUUCACGGAAGAGCAUCUUUGUAUAUACGAGGUAAUGGACUGGGAUUACAUUUGGCCAAAGGCAAACAGCUUACAAAGACAGAUCAUGAUAAAUGGGACAUAAAUAUUACGUACACAUCGUCUUUAGAUGGAUAUCAGUGUAAAGUUUUGUUUAGAUAAAGACUACCUUCCUGACAAUCAACUUCAAUAUCGUAUAAUGGUAGACGAUCUUCAGGACAUGAUUGGUGCUAAUUUUGCUAUACACUUUCCAGUUUUCGGAGGUGUCGUCAUAUUUCGAAACAGUUCCUGUCUUUUCGGUAUACCCUUGGUUCUUCACAUAUACAGGUGUUAUAGACAGUUUUGUUAUGAAUUCUACAAUUCUCGGCGAAGAGAAGAACAUAACUCUUUAUACACCUCCUAGUUUUAAUGAAAACGUGUAUAAAACUUAUCCGACUAUCUUUGUUCUCGAUCUCAAUUUAGAAUUUGCGUAUUCAUUUCAAAAGAAAUUUGAAGAACCGAUAUACCCACAUGCCGUAGCAGACGAAUUUAUACUGAUAGGCUUUGGUGAUUAUGACUUUGCGGAAGUAGAACGAGUUGAUUACUUAACUCCCACAACUGGUCCAACAUUAGGUUGUAUAAAUGGCACAUUUGGCAAUCGGUGUCAUGGAUGUGUUCCGGUAGCUCUUCAUGAAAAUGCACAACAGUUUAUAAGAUAUCUCGAAAGAGACUGUGGAAAAUACUACAUAUUUAGGGGUGAUAGUACGUUGGAUUUUCUAGAAAAAGAGGCUCUCCCAUUUGCAAACAAAAUGACAUCUAUGAGAUUGCAAGAUGAUAAUAUAGGAGUGAUGGGGUAUUCUUUAGGUGCACUUUUGUCAUGCUAUGCUAUUUGGACACGCCCAGCUGUUUAUUCAUUCGCUGCCUGCCAAUCACCUCCCUUUUGGAUGCCGAUAAACAGUACCCAUCCUAAUGUUACUAAUUUUGAUUUUCUGACCAGAAUACUCAAAGAUCCAACAUUUCAAGUGAAGCGCCCAGAGCAAAAGAUUUAUUUCGACGCGGGAGGAGCGGAGACGAAUUAUCCAUACAGAAUUACACAAGCGACUAUAGAAGCUGCAAAAACCAUAACACAAUUUCAACAUUAUGAACUUAACCGAAACGUGUGGAUCUUUAUUGAUCCUGGAAAAGGACAUUCCUUUACACAAUGGAAAAAGCGAAUUGGUCAAGCCUUGACCACCUUGUUACCGGCACAGGGAGCAAAACGCAUACCUUCAUUAAAUGAUUUGUCUGUCGGUUAACAUAAGCAUGCAGACACCAGAUUAGCGUUACACUUUAAAAACUCUGUACCUCAAAUAUUGCAUGGUGUUAUCUAAUAAUUCUUUCCUUUAAUUAAGAAUGGUAUCUCAAUUUACAGAAAUUAUAACAAACAGAGUGAUAUGUUUGGUAAAUUAUAUGAGGAUAAAUAGAAAUUUGUAAAUAUUUUGCUUGUUCCGCAAUAAAUGCAAGACUAUUGUAGCAAAAUUAUACUGAAACAAAAGACAAUAGUCUUUAUACUACAAUGUUUUUGCAUUGUCAUGAGAAUAGUGUGUUGUUAGGAACCCGUACAUGUACAUUAUUAUGUAUGUAACAUCCUUAUUUUACAACAAUCGGAAACUUUACUUAAAAAUGCAUGCGCUUAAAUUUAUUUAAAACAACAAAGUUUAUAAUAUUAAAGUUUAGAAAAUGACUUGAAAUGACAUAUUUGUCAAUUUAUCUGUUACCUUUUAGUUUAAGAUGUUAAAUGAAGUAAUAGCCAGAAAAAGAUCUCCUCAUCUUUUACGGUUACGUCUAGAACAAAACAGCCACAGAAGAAGAUAUUUCUUAAUGCGCCUUUAAACUUUCACAAAAGUGUAUACAACUUUAAUCCAACUGUCUUUGUAUUCGAUCUUAAUAUAAAAUACGUAUAUUUAUGCAAAAGAAAGUUUGAAAGACCGAUAUAUCAACAU